CAGACCGACCUUUAAAAACAGACAUAGGUGAUAGGUGAUAGGUGAUAGGUAGAGAGAGAGAGAGAGGGGCUGUAAGUUGUAAGAUGAUGUUUGACGAGAUGAAGAAGAGAGGUGUAGGAGGGAGUGAAGCUGAGACAGAGCGCAGAGACAACUUGGGUUCAUCAACUUUAUAAAUCUCUACGCUCCGGCCCCACCCUCCAAACAGUAACACACUUUCCUUUUUUUGCUUCCCCUUGUUUUCUUCCGCCUCCUACUCCUACUCCUCCCUUUCCCAAGAGAGAGAGAAAGAGGUCCAAACCAAAAGAUCUCAAAGGAUUCCAGUCUGCUUCUGUGCGCGAUCUGCAUCACUCUCUCAUCUUCCAUCUCUUCAUUUCGCAGAUUCCCUCAGGUUAGGUUUGGUUUGGCUUGGUCGGUGAACCUUUCUGCUUCUCCCUUCUCUUUUGCCUCAUGUUAUGAGAUUUGUCAACAUAAAGAUUGUUGCUUUCGUCGGUGGUUUCGAAAACCCACUGACUUCGUGCCAUGGAAAUUCUUCUUCUUUUUUUCUUCUUGCUGCUUUGUUAUCUUGUUGCCUUUGCUUCCGCCACCGAUGUUGAAUUUGACAACUGCAACUGCGAUGACGGGGAAGGGAUUUGGAGCAUACAUAGCAUACUCGUUGGCCAAAAAGUCAGCGACUUUUUCAUUGCCGUUGCGUAUUUCUCCAUACCCAUUGAACUCCUUUACUUUGUUAGCCGUUCAAACGUUCCAUUCAAAUUGCUCUUCCUUCAAUUUAUCGCCUUCAUAGUGCUGUGUGGCUUGACCCAUUUGCUCAAUGCUUAUUCUUAUCACGGCGCUCCCUCCUUCCAGUUGUUGCUUUCCCUAACCGUUGCUAAGUUCCUCACUGCUCUUGUUUCCUGUGCAACUGCUUUGACCCUUCCCCCUCUCAUCCCUCUUCUCCUCAAAAUCAAGGUCAGGGAGCUCUUCCUGAGGCAGAAUGUGAUGGAGUUGGGUCAAGAGGUUGGGAUGAUGAAGAAACAGGAGGAGGCAAGCUGGCAUGUUAGGAUGCUCACUAGGGAAAUUAGGAAGUCUCUUGACAAGCACACCAUCUUGUACACCACCCUUGUUGAGCUUUCCAAGGCGUUGAAGUUGCAUAAUUGUGCAGUUUGGAUGCCCAACGAGGACCGGCGAGAGAUGCACUUGACCCAUGAAUUGAAAACAAACUCUGCCAAGAAUUUUCCGACUUUCAUUCCUGUGAAUGAUCCAGAUGUAUUGGAGAUAAGAAAAACUAAGGGGGUGAGGAUUUUGAGGCCUGAUUCCGCUCUAGGGGCUGCAAGUAGUGGUGGGUCUGGGGAGUUGGGUGCUGUGGCAGCUAUUCGUAUGCCGUUACUUCAUGUGUCGAAUUUCAAAGGAGGGACUCCGGAGUUGGUUGAAACUUGUUAUGCUAUACUGGUUUUGGUUCUUCCAAGUUCAAGCUCAAGGGCUUGGACGUGUCAUGAGAUGGAGAUAGUUGAAGUGGUUGCUGAUCAGGUGGCUGUUGCCCUGUCUCAUGCAUCUGUUCUUGAAGAGUCUCAGCUGAUGAGACAGAAGCUGGAAGAGAGGAACCGGGCAUUGCAACAGGCUCAAAAGAACGCAAUGAUGGCCAGCGAGGCAAGGAAGUCGUUUCAGAAGGUGAUGAGCCAUGGAAUGCGGAGGCCUAUGCAUUCUGUUCUGGGGAUGCUUUCAUUGUUUCAGGAGGAUAAUUUGAGAUCUGAGCAGAAGAUUAUUGGUGAUACAAUGUUGAAAGUUGGCUAUGUGAUCUCGAGUUUGAUUAAUGAUGUAAUGGAGAUUUCAGAAAAUGAAAAGGGAGGCUUCCGGUUAGAGAUGAAGCCUUUCCUUCUGCAUUCAAUGAUGAGGGAAGCUGCUUGCAUUGCCAAGUGCCUGUGUGUUUAUGAAGGCUUUGGUUUUGAAAUUGAUGUCCAGAAGUCUUUGCCUGAAGCAGUUAUGGGUGAUGAGGCAAGGACUUUUCAAGUAAUUUUGCACAUGAUUGGCUAUUUAUUGAACAUGAACAACAAAGGGAUCCUUAAUUUUCGAGUUUUUCUUGAAAAUGAUGGUGGAGAUAAGGAUGAUAAAAGUUUUGGAAUGUGGAGAUCAAGCGGUCAGAACGAGUAUGUACAUAUAAAAUUUGAUUUUCAGAUUACUGAUAGGCCUCGGCAAGAUGAAGCAACUUCAACAGCACAUUAUAGCCGUAGGAGGCAGUACUACAACAAUGAACUUAAGGAGGGCCUAAACUUCAGCAUGUGCAAGAAGUUAGUACAGAUGAUGCAAGGUAAUAUAUGGAUAUCACCAAACUCCCUGGGUUUGGUGCAAGGCAUGACUCUUCUUCUAAAGUUUCAGAUAGGACCAGCAUCACUUGAAAAAUCAAUAUUUGCAUCUAAAGAUUAUUCAAAUUCACAGUUGAGAGGCAUAAAGGUUGUGUUAGCCGAUGAUGAUGGUGUGAACAGGACCGUGACCAAGAAGCUACUUGAGAAGCUUGGUUGUCAAGUAACUGCUGUUUCAUCAGGGUUUGAGUGCCUGAGUGCUGUAAGUGGCUCUGGUAACUCAUUCCGAAUCAUCCUGUUGGAUCUUCACAUGCCUGAAAUGGAUGGUUUUGAAGUGGCAAAGAGGAUCCGCAAGUUCCAUAGCCGUAGUUGGCCCUUGAUUGUAGCUCUUAUAGCAAGUGCAGAAGAACAUGUGAGGGAGAAAUGCCUCCUUGCGGGAAUGAAUGGAAUCAUCCAAAAACCUAUCCUACUUCAUCAGAUAGCAGAUGAACUUAGAACAGUCCUACAAAGAGCAGGUGAAAAAAUGUGAAGACAGUUUUGGAAAAACUUGCUUGGUUUAAGAAAAUGUGAUUUCAUUAAUAAUAAUUACAAAAAUUAAAAUGUCAUGUUAUUUUUACUUUUUUCCUA